GCCAUCUAUAAUCUGUGUACGCUGCUGCACGAUUAGAGGAGCACUUCACCUCUGUUGCAGACGAAAUAAGUCGUAUGGGAUCGCAGCCUUCCUCCUUAGACAAAAAAAUUAUGAUGGCAAGCAAAACUUGGAAGGUGAUCCAGCCGCACGUGCCGAUGAUCAAGUUUCGCAAGGGUGGCGUUAAUCGUGCAGCAGUUGCAGGCACGACCACAGCUCCAUCUAGAUCAGGACCGUCCCAAAGCGCGGGAGGUUCAACGGGCCCCCGAGUAAUAGUCCUGCCAACGAUUGAAGACAUUCACCUGCCUCUGCGAUAUCAAAGACGACCGAUAGAUCAGAAGGAAAUCGAAUAUAUUAAUCGUGGUGGACCAGAAUAAGCUUGCAGUACAAGUAUUUAGGAUUUUGUAAAUUAAUGCGAUGUCAUAACUUAUAUAAUAAUUAAAUUAACUUUAUUAUUGAUUGAUCUAAUGUGUUAUAUUCAAAUAAAUAAAUAUGAGAAAAGAUA